AUGUGCACGCCCGUGACGAGUUUUGAAACUGCCCUGGGCCGCGGCCGCUGCGUCUCAGAGCCGGGCCGAAUCGCGUGCCAUGCGGGCGGACGAUCUGGCCGCCACGGGGACCCGGGCUUUCGCCGCUCCCGUUUGCCUGGGCCUACACGGCACCUCGUGGCAGGAAACGGUUUGGCGCGAGCGGGGGUGGAGCAAGAAGCGGGAGCAGACUUCUUCAGGGGCUUACGCAGCGCGCUGUGGCACCGCCCGUAUAAAUGGGCACCGAUCGACAGUAGCGGCACCAGUUACACCUUAAGUGGGCGCCGAGUACCUGAACUCACAAGCAGACAUGAUCCGUGGGCAGCGCUGUUGCUGUUGGGGAUUGCUGCAAAGUGCCAGCAGGCGCUGUGCGGCCACGCCCACUCCUACGCCCACCAGACGGGUCCCGUGGUGGGUCCCGCCCACCCAGUCACUGUGGGACACGCCGGUUACGGGGGAUACGGACACGGACACGGAGGACACAGUGUGGACUACGUGGCAUACCCGAAGUACGAGUUCGAGUACGGGGUGUCUGAUGGUCACACAGGGGACCACCACUCCCAGAAGGAGCACCGCGACGGAGACGUGGUGAGUGGCGAGUACUCGCUCAAGGAGGCGGACGGCAGAGUGCGCACCGCCAAGUACCACGCCGACAAGUCCGGCUUCCACCCCGUCGUGCACCACUCUCACCAUGUGGGCGCCGAGUACCUGAACUCACAAGCAGACAUGAUCCGUGGGCAGAUAUUGGCAGCACUGUUGCUGUUGGGGAUUGCUGCAAAGUGCCAGCAGGCGCUGUGCGGCCACGCCCACUCCUACGCCCACCAGACGGGUCCCGUGGUGGGUCCCGCACACCCAGUCACUGUGGGACACGCCGGUUACGGGGGAUACGGACACGGACACGGAGGACACAGUGUGGACUACGUGGCAUACCCGAAGUACGAGUUCGAGUACGGGGUGUCUGACGGGCACACAGGGGACCACCACUCCCAGAAGGAGCACCGCGACGGAGACGUGGUGAGUGGCGAGUACUCGCUCAAGGAGGCGGACGGCAGCGUGCGCACCGUCAAGUACCACGCCGACAAGUCCGGCUUCCACCCUAUUGUACACCACUCGCACCACGGCUACGGCGCUGGAUUUGGCGCCGGUGCUGGCGGUUACGGACACGGUCACAGCUACUACUGAAGGCACGUCGUACCAUGCGUUCUGAAAC